UUUCCUGUUUCUCUGCAGUUUUCCCCAGCUUUGGGUGGUGGCCGCCGCUGGCCUUCGGCUUCCAGUCGGCGGAGGGCGAGGCGGCGUGCUCCGCGGCCCCGGCCCCCCGCGCCCCGCCGCCCGCAGCUCCUCGCCUCCGCGGCCCCGCGAGCGGCCGAGAUGCAGGCCAUCAAGUGUGUGGUGGUGGGAGACGGAGCUGUAGGUAAGACGUGCCUGCUGAUCAGUUACACGACCAAUGCGUUUCCCGGAGAGUACAUCCCCACCGUCUUUGACAACUAUUCUGCCAAUGUUAUGGUAGAUGGAAAACCGGUGAAUCUGGGCUUGUGGGAUACAGCUGGACAAGAAGAUUACGACAGAUUGCGUCCCCUCUCCUACCCGCAAACAGUUGGAGAAACGUAUGGUAAGGAUAUAACCUCCAGGGGCAAAGACAAGCCGAUGGCCGACGUCUUCUUAAUUUGCUUUUCUCUUGUGAGUCCUGCAUCAUUUGAAAAUGUCCGUGCAAAGUGGUAUCCUGAAGUGCGACACCAUUGUCCCAACACUCCCAUCAUCCUGGUGGGGACUAAACUUGAUCUUAGGGAUGACAAGGACACGAUCGAGAAACUGAAGGAGAAGAAGCUGACUCCCAUCACCUACCCGCAGGGCCUAGCCAUGGCCAAGGAGAUCGGUGCUGUCAAAUACCUGGAGUGCUCGGCGCUCACACAGCGAGGCCUCAAGACAGUGUUCGAUGAAGCUAUUCGAGCGGUCCUCUGCCCGCCUCCCGUCAAGAAGAGGAAGAGGAAAUGCCUGCUGCUGUGAACGGCCGCGCCCUCGCCCGCCCGCCCGCCCGCCCCUCGGAACCUUUGUACGCUUUGCUCAGAAACGGUGGAGCCUUCGCACUCAAUGCCAAGUUUUUGUUACAGAUUAGUUUUUCCAUAAAACCAUUUUGAACCAAUCAGUAAUUUCUAGGUUUUGUUUGUUUAAAGUGUAAGAGUUCAAACUUUCACGUUCUAUUAAAAUUUAGCCCUAAAAUGACCAGCUUUCUUAAAGCCUUAUUUUUCGAAAGCCCCUGUUCUUGCUUGAGAGUUGCCAAAAUACCUUGUGAACUAAGUCGCGUUGUGCUGAGAACACUAAGCACUAAACCGCGUGAGGCCUUCGCCUUUCCGGAGCCCGCGGCUCGGGGUUAGCGCAGACCCCUGACGAGUUCCUGCGUUCCUGACCCAACCUUGUACUGUAGCUCAUGACGGGAUGAGGGUGACAACUCAGCUCUUUGGAUCAAGCUUUUUGAUUUCGUAGUGAGAUUUUUUAAAAAAAAAUUAGUGUUAGCUUUGCUGAGAUUCUGAACAGAACUCUGCCUCACGUGUCUGUCCCACGAAGCGUUCUGCUCCAGCCCCGGGUGCCCUGGGGUGGAGUGUGCGGGACAUUGGAUGUGAUCAAAGGAUGAAGACAGUAUUUUGACAAAAUGAUGAAGUGGAGGUUAAUUUACACUACAUUGUACACGUAAUAAUUAAACCGAAUGAAAGUGUCACGGGUAAAAAUUUUAAAAGGUUAAUUUCUGCCAAAUGCAGCAGACGAUGAAGGUCGGUCGGUAUGAUCCGUAACUGUCCUCUGAAGCGUUCCUCGUUCCUAAGCCUGCCACCCCGCCCGAAAUCGGGCCUUUAAUUCCACUUUGAACUGGUCAUUCCCAUAGUCGCUAACUUAGUGCGUGCUUUUCUUAUAGCACCCUUCUUCAUGAGCAAUAUGCCUCCUUGUAUUAUAAAAUCUUUCUGAUAACGCAUUAGAAACUUCUUUUGUAGAUUAGUAAAAAGUGCAUUCCUGUUUUCAUUUUACUUUAUUCAAAGCUAAUAAGUGCUUUCCUUAGUUUUCUAGUAACUAGGUGUAAAAAUCAUGUGUUGCAGCUUUCCGGUUUUUAAGAUAUUUUAGAUAUUCUUAAACUAUGAACCUUCUUAACAUCGCUGUCUUGCCAGAUCCCCCCCACUGCACCUUCACUAACGCUGGCCCUCUUCGCCUCGCCCCGUGGACACUUGCUUCCCGGUGUUGCCCUGCCUAACGAUGUUCCUUUGGGUCUGUGAGGUUCUGUAAACCCCAUGCUCGUGCUAAUGAAUUCUGUACAACUUACCCACUGGCAAGAAUACGAGGUCGGACCUUUCAACCACUAGAACAAAAUUUUUUAAAUUGACCGUUGCAGAAUUGUGGAGUGUUUUUACAUUGAUCUUUUGCUAAUGCAAUUAGCAGUAUGUUUUGCAUGUAAGACUUAAUAAAUCCUGGAAUCAUA